UCCGUUCAUGCUUUGUUAUUUUCGAUCUGAACACCGACUCCCGAAGCCCUAGUUGUUUGUCCGUCUCUCGCGGUAAAAAAAAAAAAUAUAUAUUUUUUUUUUAAAAAAAAACAGAGGAAUCGGAAUUAUCGGAAAUUUAAUUUCACACUCAAUGGGCUCUUUUAGGGUUUCAAUUCCCAGUUGUGAGAUUCAAGCCCUAACCCAUGAUUCAUUACAGUGAUCUUCAUGAUUCGUUGGAAGAAACGAUUACUUCGUAUUCGUGGCGUGUCGGUUGAGGUAUGUAAUGCAUUAUAAUUUUGCGAUUUACAUUUCUCGUGCUGUUCAAUGAAAUCUGCCCAGUGCAUUGGACAUUGUCUAUGGCCUUAGUUUGUGUUGGUUGGAGGAAUAUUUGUGAUUUUUCAUCAAGUUGGCGUUACAGAUCUGUAAAACGUUUACAGGAAUGUAUAAUGGAAUGUGAAAUUCGGAAAAUUUCGUCCUGGGCGUCUAUACUGAUAGUUGUUAAUGGAAGAUAGAACAGAGAAUUCCCAUGGCAUUGCAAUUCCCAAAAAAUCGAGAUCACUGGAUCUUAAAAGUUUAUAUAAUCUAAAAGUGCCAAAAAAGACUCCUAAGAAAAACUUGAAGAGGCAAGGUAGUAGUCAUGAGGACGGUGAUCGGAAAACGAACCAGAAAAAGAAGAUUAGAAAAGAAAUGUCUCUGAAUAGCUUAGAAAAUGCUGAUGGUAACACUAAAAAGGUUGUUGAUGGGGAAUGUUGCGUUGGGCCAAGUUCUGAUGUGAAGGAUUCUUGUGAAUUGCAAUCGGGUCUGAAUCAGAGACUAAGCAGCAGUAAUGGGUUUUAUAGAGUUUCACUUGAUUUUGGUGAUAAUGUUGUUCAUAUCCCCAAACGAAAGAGGGGUCUUGUGAGGCGGAAGAAAUUUGGAACUGGUCGAGGACAAAAUCUGUCUGGGCAGACUAGCAGUAAAAGUGGCCAUGGUGAUCAAAUGCCUGAACUGAUCAAGGAUGAUUUGGCCCAUGGUGUUGAGUCUUCAAUGUUUAAACAGGAUAUUGAUGAAUUUAAAGAAAACAUGAGUAGUGAUUCAAAUUCAGUUCAGCGUUUCAAGGGAAAUGAAGACUCUUCCUGUUAUGCUGUUGUAAAUGGUCGUGACUCUGGAAAGAUGUCAAGGAAAAUGGACAGGAAGCGAAAGAUUUUAGCUCCAGAUAGUGUUCCCAUGGAGGCUGGAACUGUGACCAGAAGUAGUAGACUAUCUGGUAAUUUGAAGGACGAUGAUGAUGAGAAUCUCGAGGAGAAUGCAGCAAGGAUGCUAUCAUCAAGGUUUGAUCCUAGAUGUACUGGGUUUUCUGCUAGUGGCAAUUCUUCUAUGUUGCCAUCAGAAAAUGGUAUAUCCAUCUUAUUAUCUUCUGGUCGAAAUGUUGUAAGAUGCAGGUCAAAGUCUCUGCCAGGUUCAGACUCAACGUCAGUUGACGCUGCAGGCAGGGUCUUGAGGCCAAGGAAACAACACAAAGAAAAGGGUAGUGCCCGGAAGAGGCGUCAUUUUUAUGAGAUUUUCUUGGAUGAUCUGGAUGCAUAUUGGGUUUUGAACCAGAGAAUAAAGGUGUUUUGGCCGUUAGACCAGAGUUGGUACUAUGGCAUUGUCAAUGACUAUGACAAAUCAAAGAAACUUCACCAUAUUAAAUAUGAUGAUCGAGAUGAAGAAUGGAUUAAUCUCCAAACUGAGAGGUUCAAACUCUUGUUACUUCCCAGUGAAGUUCCAGGAAAUGCAGGCCAUAAAAGAUCUGCAAUGAAAAGUAGUUCUGUUCAGCGAAAAGGAAGCAAGUCCCAAAAAGAAAGACAAAGAAAAUUGAUUACAGAGGAUGAUAAUUGCGGUGAAAGCUUCAUGGACUCAGAGCCUAUAAUUUCUUGGCUGGCUCGAUCUUCUAAUCGGGUUAAAUCUUCUUUUACUGGUGUCAAAAAACAGAGAAUUUCUGUUACACCUUUGAAAUCAGCCUCUUCAUUAUUGUAUGAAGAGCCUGCUAGAGUGGAGGGAGUACCUAAGAGUUCCUUGUGGGGAGGUAAGAGCAAUGCAUCCAGUGAUUCUGUAUUGUUGGAUAAAUUAGGUGAUAAUUUUACAGAGAAGCCCUCAUCAGAAAAUGCUACUUGUUCUAAAGAUGGUAAAAUGCCUAUUGUUUACUUUAGAAGGCGGUUUCGCAGGUUAACUCCAAUGUCACCUCAUGUGUCUGAAGGAGAACCUGUUAUCAUACCUUCCCCUGGUUCUGUUUUCUUUGAUUCUUUGGUUGGCAGGCUAAGUGAUGUAAAAGAACCUGACAAUAAAAUGUUUGACACCAAUGGGCCUUUAUGCUUCACUUACAAUGCGGGUGGUGUAUCAGAAAUAGGAUUUUUGGACUUGGAGUCAACAGCAUUUAAACUUGACACAAACCUUCCAAUAAGAUCGGUGCUGAAUUAUGAAUUGGAGAGCUUGUGGUUGCUUCAUGCUGUAUCGCUUCUUCAGUAUGGUGUAGUUAUGAUGAAGUGGCCAAGAGUUCAUUUGGAAAUGCUUUUUGUUGAUAAUGUGGUCGGUUUGCGGUUUCUAUUGUUUGAAGGCUGCUUGAAGAUGGCUGCAGCCUUUGUCUUUAUGAUCCUUAGGGUAUUUCUUGAAUCUGCUGAGCAAGGGAAGUAUGUUGACAUGCAACUACCUGUUACAUCUAUUAGAUUCAGGUUUUCAGGUGUGGACAAUGUCAAGAGGCAGGUUGUGUUUGCAUUCUACAACUUCUCUAGAUUACAGAGUUCAGAGUGGAUGUAUUUGGAUUCUAAACUUCAGAGGUAUUGCCUGCUCAGUAAACGCCUCCAUAUCUCUGAAUGCACAUAUGAUAACAUCCAGGCACUUCAAAAUGGGUUAAGCAAGUUGCCUAUUACUACCAUCAAGGGCAAGCCCUCCUCAUUCAAGGUCGUGCCCAAGAGGACAAGGAUGGGGAUUAUGGGAAUUUCCACAGACUUCACUCCCGUUGAUGCUGGCCGGUCUUCUGUUUAUGGCAAGAGGAAGCAUCCACUAUUUGCUCUUUCUUUUGCUGCUGCACCUACUUUUUUUCUUAGUUUGCAUCUCAAGUUGCUGAUGGAGCGGUCGGUAAAUCAUUUAAGCUUCUGUGAUCAUUCAUCAGUAGAUGAUCAGGAAAAUGGCUACUCUAGCAUCGAUGAUGUCUCUCACUGCAAUGCAGAAAUUAGUUUAAAGAAAGAUAUGAUGACUUUGUCAAAUGGUGUUGCUUGUGCCUCUCGUAAUUGCCAGAACAUUGGUCUUAGUGCUGGCAGCAUUUCUGGUACCCCUGAUUCUGAGAUGCUUAGUUCUACUCAGUUACAGGAGUGGCAAUCCCAUAAUUCUGGGUUAGAACUAAUUUCUUUACCUUUGAGCUCGUCAAUUGACAAAGAUAAGGCUGAUGAGGUUCCCCAUUCUUUUCUGGGACACCUUAAUGUUCAAAUUCCUUCACUUGAUCAAAUCAGGAAACCUGUGAAUGGUGAUUUGCACAGUGCUCAUGAUUCUCCUGAUUUGUGUUGGAAUGUAAAUGAAUGUGCCACUCCAAGCCCCAAAUCAACUGCUGCCAGAAGUUCUUGGCAUCGAAACAGAAAUUGUUCCUCAUCAUCUGGCUUGCCAUCACAGGGGUGGUCUGGUGGAAAUGCUGACUCUUUACACAAUGGUUUCAGUAAUGGACCCAAGAAGCCACGAACACAAGUGUCAUACUCACUGCCUUUUGCUGGGUAUGAUUUCAGUUCAAAGCACAGAAACACUAAUCCGAAGGGGUUUCCUCACAAGAGAAUUAGAAAGGCUAAUGAAAAGAAGUCAUCAGAUGUAGCUAGAGGACCUGAAAAGGAUUUGGACUCUUUAUCUUGUGAUGCAAAUGUUUUGAUUACGGUUGGUGAUAGAGGGUGGAGAGAAUCUGGAGCCCAAGUUGUACUUGAGCUGUUUGAUCAUAAUGAGUGGAAACUUUCUGUAAAAUUUUCAGGGAUUACUAGGUAUUCGUAUAAAGCACAUCAGUUUCUGCAGCCAGGAUCAACAAAUCGUUACACUCAUGCUAUGAUGUGGAAAGGAGGGAAGAAUUGGACCUUGGAAUUUACUGAUAGGAGCCAGUGGGCCCUUUUCAAGGAGAUGCAUGAAGAAUGCUACAAUCGGAAUCUCCGUGCUGCUUCAGUUAAAAAUAUACCUAUUCCUGGUGUUCGUUUGAUCGAGGAAAAUGACAAUGGGCCUGAAGUUGCAUUCGUUCGUGGCUCAAACUAUUUUCAACAAGUUGAAACAGAUGUUGAUAUGGCUUUAAAUCCUUCUCGGGUCUUGUAUGACAUGGACAGUGAGGAUGAGCAGUGGAUUUCAAACAUUCAGAAUUCUGAAAAGGGCAACAGUAGCUUGGAGGGAAUUUCAGAUAUGUUUGAGAAGAUAAUGGACAUGUUUGAGAAGGCUGCAUACUCUCGACAACGUGACCAGUUUACACCCAAUGAAAUAGAGGAAAUCAUGGGCGAUGUUGGGCCCUUGUUUUUAGUCAAAACCAUCUAUGAGCAUUGGCAGCAGAGAAGGCAGCACAAGGGAAUGACUUUAGUACGGCAUUUUCAGCCUCCUCUGUGGGAAAGAUAUCAACAAGAAGUAAGAGAGUGGGAAGUAGCCAUAAACAAGAAUAGUAUUCCCACUUCUUAUGGAUGCCUAGAUAAGGUUGCAGCUUUGGAGAAGCCACCGAUGUUUGCUUUCUGUUUAAAACCAAGGGGUUUGGAAGUACCAAAUAAAGGAUCAAAACAUCGAUCACAAAAAAAAUUUUCAGUUUCUGGGCAUACAAACAGCAUACUAGGUGAACAGGAUGGUUUACACAAUUUUGGAAGAAGAAUGAAUGGCUUUGUGUUUAGUGAUGAAAAGCUCGCAUACCUAGGCCACAAUUUUGACUCUUUGGAUGAUUCCCCGAUUUCACUUACCUCACCAAGGGUUUUCUCAUCACGGGAUGCUGACAGCAUGGGAUAUUUUUCAUUGAGCAAUGAUGGGUAUGAUAGAAAUAGAGUACCCAAACUUAACAGGAGCAAGUCAAAAAAAUCUGGGUCAUUUAUAUAUCAUGAUGAUUCACAGAUGAUGGCCUGUCACAGUCAGAGUCACAGUCACAGUCACAGAAUGUCCGGAAAUAGAAGUGGGGUUGGUAAUCGGAAUUUUAGUUAUGACUGGUCAGGCCACAGGCAGUACAAAUUAGAUAGCUCUUACAGGCAUGGGAUCGAACAAUUGGAUGCUUCAGACCAUGAUGAAUAUAAGUUGCGUGACGCUUCAGGUGCUGCUCAACAUGCACUUAACGUGGCUAAGUUAAAGAGACAGAGGGCUCAAAGAUUGCUCUACAGAGCAGAUCUAGCAAUUCACAAGGCUGUGACUGCUCUUAUGACUGCUGAAGCAAUGAAAGCUUCUGAGGACUCAAAUGGUGAAGGUAGAUGACUCAACAAACAUCUGACACUGUGGCAACGUCAUAGAUUCCUUUAAUUUACAACAGAGCUGCAUAGAGGCGAACGUAGUGAACUUCAGUCAUGAGGUCUGAGGGCAAUGAGACUGAGAUUUUGUUGCUUCAAAGCGUACUCAGCAAGCUCUGACCGCCAGAUCUUUCUCCAGGUCAAGAUCUGCAGUUCAGGACUGUUUCACCACCGCUAAUGGGUCUAUGGAAUUUUGGCUGUCAAUAUUUGUACAGAUUUUUUCUUUUUUUGGCUUUUGCCCGUCUUCCUGCUUUUUCUCAUUAACCUCAGGUUCAAACGUGCGAUACGAGAAGAGAAACGGGCCCAAUAAGAAAACACUUUGAAUGGAAAUACGGCCCUUUUUUCAGAGAUUAGGUAAUAUUAGUCCGGCACAUGAUUUGCAAGGAUCUCUGCUGUUUUCUGUGAUACAUGACCCAGUGAAUGUGGUUGCUCACUUGACGAUCGCAUCGUUCGACAUGGACCGAGAGAAGGGAAGCCUUGAGAAUGUGUUGGUCCUGCAGUGAAUUGGUUAUGUCAUAUAGCAUAUAGUAAAUAUCCGAUCAUCUUGUAUUAUAAGUAAACAUGAUAUAGCCUUUCUGGUCUAUAUUUAAUCUUUGCCUUAGAAUUUGGUUCUGAAAUUGCUUUUUUACGGCAGAGUGGUCAUGUACAUCUUCAGCUCUUAACUCCCUCGCUAACAUCUUGAUUUUGAACGUGGGAAGGGUAUGUGAAAUUUGUGUGCAUUAUGA